UGCAACCUUUCAAAGGUGUUAUUAUAUUUCAUCUCUAGGAAUCCCAGACAUUCCCACUUUGUAGAAUUGAAAGCUGAGGUCCUGGUCCACAAAGUGGCUUCUGUGGUUUUAAAGCAAGUAAAGGGCAGACCCCACUCCCGGUUUGGGCUUCUGGACUCAGGGUCUGCUGUUUGCAUCUCCCAGAAGUUUCCAGGACCUGUGUGGUUAAGCAUUCUUAAGGGUUGUACACCCUUUUGGGUCUCUACCCUUCUGCAAUGUGGUCUUGUUGCUUGUGCUUAGCCUGCGAUCAACAUUCAGAGACUCCCCUUGGGAGCUCUACAGCCCUUCCAUGGUUGGUAGGCAAAGAGACCUGGGACCUGCUUCCUGGCUUGGCCAAAGCAUCCAUGAAUGGUGAGGCCUUGGUGUCUGGGAAUGAGGCCCAGUUACUAUUAUUAUUGAGUCUUCCAUAUUUUGCCCUGUUUGCCCUUUUCAGCUCUGACUUCUCUCUCCUUCUCUCCCUCUCUCCCUCCCUCCCUGUUUUAAAUCCUGGAGAGGUUCCUGGGCUUAGCUGAGUUCCAAAUAUCAAAUGGUUCCUUUUAGCCACUACUUCAGAGAGACGACGACCCCCAGACAGCUGACCAGGCAGCUUUUGUUUUUAAACUCUACAGAAAAGCCACAAAGAAACAGCUAAGGGUGUGUGACUUGUGACUUGCUAUCCAACUGGGCUACUCCUCUCGAUUUCUAUUGCAAAUACUGGGUCCCCAUCAAGCCGCUGGGAACUGUCUUUUGGAGAUGGUGAAACACUUGGUUAUUUCACAGUGGAAUGGACAGUGGCCCCACUGGUCAAUAAUGAAGAGGCCCAGAGCUGUCUGCUUCUCCACAGCCCAGACAUCACUUGGCUCCAGGAGGAGGUUAGCAGGAGAGCUGGACGAACAGAGUGGGGAUGAGGAAGACAAACCAGGGCACCGAGAGGCUGUUUCGCUGGCUUUGUUCUCUGUGGCAGCUUUGGGAUCCCGUGGGAAGGGCCCUGGCUUUCCUUGAUCUCAGAGGGAAACCUUGGCGCUAAAGAUGCUGCUGUUGCCAGGUGAUGGAUACACAGACCCUCUGAGGCUUACACAGUUGAGUUGCUGAGGCCAGUGACAGGGGGACAUGAGCACCCCUGGGAGGGGUGGGGACUGCUCUCUGAGUGAGCCAAGAGACCUGGGACUGCUCACAGUUAGCAGGAAGACCUAGGCUUGGCCACAGCUAGCUCUGGUGUUCAGGGGAUUCUCUAGGUAGCCUUAAGCCACUCUGACCCCCAAACCUGCACCUAACCGUCAGUCCUACCGCUGGCAGGAGUCUGCCCACCUGUGGCUAUGUGUGCACUUUGAUGCUUCAUCAGGCUGGGAACAAGACUGUCUCUUGGGUGCCUCCACAAUGCCAGGCGAAGACUCUAUCAGCACACUGGGCAUGAUCCUUGGAGUGGGACUGUCAUUGCUGCUCGUGUCCAUCCUAGGCUACAGUUUGGCCAAGUGGUACCAGCGCGGGUACUGCUGGGACGGGCCUAACUUUGUCUUCAACUUAUACCAAAUCCGGAACCUGAAGGAUUUGGAGGUGGGGCCACCCUUCACCAUCAGCGGCCACAUGAGCAGUCCAGAUGGUGGCUACAUGAGGUUCUCCAAUGAAAGAGUCUGACGGAAAAGCUUCUAGCUUCUGAAGAUCAGGAGAGGUUCAGGGUGAUGUCUCCCAGGCACCUGGUCUGCUCAGGCUUCCGUGACCAUCAUAAUCAUCUCGAUGCUUCUUGAACUGCCUUCACCUGCAUUCAAGUGCUUCUUUGACAUGAAUGGAAAAGUUCUGCUCAUUCAUGUGUUCAUUUAUUCACCAGAUGUUUGCAGAGUGCUCAUUACUGUGCACUUGGCGUUGGGUGUAGAGGGCACAGAGGUAAAGCAAGAGGCGUUUCUGCCAUCGAUGAGCUGGAAUGAGUGCCGGGUAAAGAACCCUCCAUGGGACCUCGUAGAGAACUAACGGAAGCAUUCAAGCUUCAAGACUACUAGCUCUAUGUGACAGAUGAGAAGACCAAGGUACAGAGGGAUUCAUUUGCAAAGAGCAGGCCAUACCUAGCAUCCAGAGAAGCACUCUUUCCAUUCCCUGGGGCUGCCCUGGAGGCCUCUCCAGCCCAAUAGCUUCACGGUGGUAGUUGGUUAGCUUGAGUGAACAGACAUCACGUGCUUGCCCUGUCUCCACACCCUCCACUCCCUACUGGGCUCCACAGCAUUGGCCCAGUUGCCUAUGUGGACUCUUUGCUGGCCUUAGAUCCUGGGAUCACAUUUUGUAUUGCCUGCCCAUCAUGGACUCCAUGUCUGAGGCUUCCCACCUCCAAUUAGCAUAGUUAAUAUAACACAUACUUCAGCUCUUUCCAGUGAGUCUAGCAGGUGUGUGUGUACCUAGAGGCCACGAGGUAUUUCAUAGCAUGGCAGCUGCAUGGGGCACCGAGAGUGGCACCAUUUCAUUUUCACCAAUAGCCACAUAGUGAGUGACAGGUUGCGUGUUGGGAGCACACACAAGGUCUGAGUGGCUCAGAGGGGCUUUGCAGAGGGCACCUGGAACAGCAAAGUAGAUGAAGGGACUGGCAUGUAUAAAGGGCCAGGGGCAGGCACAGCAGUUUGUCGGGGGAAGGUAGGUGGGUAUGAGGGCUGGUGAGUGGGGGGUAAGGAUCUGAAAGGGAGGAGAUGAGAAGGGACAGGGGUUAGCAGGGAGGCCUUCUUAUUUGAGCAGUUUUGAGUGUUGUCUUACAAGCUGUCCAGUGGAACUCAGACCUCAAAUUUGCAUUUGUGACUCCUCAGCUCAGCCAACAGUUGGGGAGAUAAUUUAGUGGUGAGGGAUGCUGGAGGCAAAAACAAUUGACCAGGAGGCUGUGGCAAGUGGUCCCAGAGAGCAUGGAUGACUCAAAGUGGGUAGGCAUGGACGAAGCAGGACAGGAGAGCUGCAAGGCCACCAAUGAGGCUGAGGGGCCCUCUGAUGGUUACCUUUUCCAUUAGUGAGGUCUGCAUGGAUCCCAUGGCCGUGUGAGUGAGAUUGUUAUUAACCAUCGUGGGAACCAGUAGAGGCAAUCCAAAUUGAGGAGACAAUGAUAGCUCCAGUUUAGAGACAUGAAGGGUUGAGACACCAAGGACUUGGGGGAAUGAAUGUGGAUUGGGAGUCAUGGAAACAGUCAUUGGGGUCCUCCACGGGGCAUUUUUGGGUAGUUGGGACAGGGGCUAAGGAUGGGAACUGUUAUGUUGAGGAGUGGUUAAGUACUGCAGAGAGGCUGCAGGGUCGCAAGGGUGCUGGCCACACAUCAUGCACACAGAGUGCAGCUGCAGGCCAUGGGCCGGAGAGCUCUUCUAAAGAGCAGACUAUGCAAGAGGAAGAAGAUGGCACCAUGUUUACUCUUCCUUUGCUCAUGCCCGACUCUGCAGAUGGGAUAAUUCACUGAAGGGACCACUUGGCUGUUACCUCACCCCUGCUUAUGGGCUGUGACUGUCUGAAGACCUCUGAGGUCCGAGGCUCAUGGUCUGCUGGGCCCAUGCUGAUCUCAGGCAUGGCUCUGACACUGUGGGCCAAGAUGACGGCUGCUUACUCUUCCUAGAUAGUGAGUCAGGGGAAUAGCUUGAGUUUAUGGGCUGUGGAUGACCAGGGAUCCUCUCAGACCUGUCUUCUUGUCUCUAUGCCAUGGUGACAGCUCUACCCAUGAUGCAAGUCUCACAGAGAACACACUCACUCACCUUGAAAUUCCCAGCUCCAAGCCCUAACCCAGUGUGAGGGCCAUCUUGAGAGCUGCUUCAACUCUUUCCUCUGCAUGACAUGCCACCACUGAGCCAAACGCUCAGCAUGUUUGGGAUCCCUGUGGCCCCGUCCCUCCACGAGAUAUUUUCCCUUCCAUGCCCAUGUCGUGCACUGCUCACCAUCAAUUUCAAGUGGCAGUCUCUCCAGCCUGUUGUCCUGUCCUGCUCUUCGUUUGAAGCACCCUUUGAAUUGGUUCACACUUCUCUAUCCCCAUUGCCCCUGCUCCCUAUAUCUGUAUAAGCAUCUGUAUGGACUGAACAUUGGUGACCCCCACCCCUCAGUGUUGAAGCCCUAACCCUUUAUAUGAUGGCGGGGCCUCAAGGAGGCUAUAAGAUGAGCUCAUGAGGAUGGGCCACAGCUCCAAGGUACCUAUGGACAAUGAAUAAGGCCCUCGGUGAGGACUGGAUGAGCCAGAACCUUGAUCCUCAACUUCCCAGCCACCAGAAUGCUUCUAGUUAAAGCCCUGCCCCCUGGCUGUGUGCUCUCCUAUAAUUAGAGCUACAACAGCUCCCUGCUCUGCUUAUCUACUUCCUGCCUCCUCCUAGAGUAGGAUACUAGUUUCCUUCAAGGCACUUGUCGCAGAUGGCAACACUUGUUAGUACUCAAUUGCUUGGCGUUCAUCUUUGUAACCAGAUGAUGUGCUCCUCGAAGCCAAGGCUGAAUAUCACGUCUGGCAUGCAGGGGGUGACAGCCGAAGGAACGAAAAGCUGUGCCGGUGAGAGGGGUCAGCGAGGAGAGACACUUGCUGCCAGGCCUGAUGAGUUGAGUUUUCUCCCUAGAAUCCGUAGAGUGGGAGGAGAGAACCAACUCCUCCAGGCUGUCCUCUGACCUCCGCAUAUAUCACACACACACAGACACCAAAACAAUAAACAUAGAAGGAAAAAAACCCAUAUUAAAUGUUGGCUUCAAUGAA